AUGCAAAAAAAGAAAGGCCAUUCCAAGAAUCUAUCUAAACAAGCCAUUGAUUUAAUUAAUUACUAUAAUAACUUAAGGACAUCAAUUUCUAAUGAAUUUGCGAUGAUGAAUUUAAAUAAAAAAAUGUCAUUAUACAUUGCUGAUCAACCCAUCGUUGAAGAAGAUGUUGAGGAUUCUCCAAUUGGAUUAAAAAGGAAUUGCUCUAAGACAGAACAUGUUAAUAUCAAUAUUUAUACAUAACCAUAUGAUUUAGAUGAGGAAUUAUAAUAAGAUGUAAAAUAGUUAAAACAAACUUUGAAUUAAAGUAUUUAUCAUAGGUAACAAUUAGGAAUAACUUAAUUAAAAAGCAUAAUAAAUCAAUCGGAAAAAAUGAAGAGUAUGAAAAAUUAAAAUAAUAAAGAAAAUUAAUGCUAAAAUAAUCAAAGUCUUGUCAAUAAAACAUCCACCAAAAAAAGAGUUUGA